CUUCAGUAGCGCCGCGGACGGGAACCGAGUGCACUUUUUCCUCCUCGUCGGUUUUAUUGCUCUCUCUCUCUCUCUCUCUCUCUCUCUUUUUCUUUCUUGCGCGUCGCUCUUGCUCCUGUUUUUAUAACAUUUACAGGCUGCAAGGUGUCACGGCUUUCCGCGAAGGUUUGUCGUAGAUUAGCUGGCUCUGGGCUUUUCUCUCACAACUGUGGGGAACAUCGCAGACAGUCAGCCAAUUCUAUCUCUAACGUGAAUCUCAAGCAUGGGGAAGCAGAACAGCAAGCUGCGGCCAGAGGUGAUGCAAGACCUGCUGGAGAGCACAGAUUUCACCGAGCACGAGAUCCAAGAGUGGUACAAAGGCUUCUUGCGGGACUGCCCAAGUGGCCAUCUAUCUAUGGACGAGUUCAAAAAGAUCUAUGGCAACUUCUUUCCUUAUGGAGAUGCCUCCAAAUUUGCUGAGCACGUGUUCCGUACCUUCGAUGCCAAUGGUGAUGGCACUAUAGACUUUAGGGAGUUUAUCAUUGCCCUCAGCGUCACGUCACGAGGAAAGCUGGAGCAGAAGUUGAAAUGGGCUUUCAGCAUGUAUGACCUGGAUGGAAAUGGGUAUAUCAGUAAGGCAGAGAUGCUGGAAAUUGUGCAGGCUAUUUAUAAAAUGGUUUCAUCAGUAAUGAAGAUGCCAGAGGAUGAGUCUACACCAGAGAAAAGAACAGAGAAGAUCUUCAGACAGAUGGACACCAACCGAGAUGGUAAGCUGUCUCUGGAGGAGUUUAUUAAGGGAGCGAAGAGUGACCCAUCCAUCGUGCGUCUGUUGCAGUGUGACCCCAGCAGCGCAGGACAGUUCUAAAAGCAGCACCCACACUUUCUCCUCCUCUGUUUUAUUUAUUUACGGUUUUUAAUUCAGGCUUUGAAACCAUAGUACCAAGACAUGACCGGGUCUAUUUACAGGGGUCUGUAUCCCAUCAAACUGAGCUUCAUCAGAUAUAGGCACUGCAUACACACCCAUACAAGCACACAUUACACUUUAUCUCUCGCUCUCUCUCACACUCUCUCACUCUCUGUCUCACUCGCUUACAAUCCUCUCAGUCACACACAUCACACGCUUGUACUUGCUGUGCUCUCUCUGUGAAGAUGUCUGAUAUGAAUUAGAGGAUAUCGCUGGGCUCUGGGAUACGUUACUUGGACUGCCUGAUAGACGUUUUAUUCACGCAGCAUGAGGGGUGUAGGUAUUUUGGUCAAAUUAAAUUUGAACAGGAGAUGGAGAGCUCCACUUUAAUAACGACAAAGUGAAGCACUGUGGAAGAAGAGCUUCACACCUUCGCACCAUCAAGUGUCUAACAGUAUUGCUACUAGAAGACUAUCACUUUCACACGCUUAGUUUUUGCCCAGCAGUGAUUAAGUACACAUCCUUACCAGAUGCCUUUGACAUGAUUUAGUACUAGCACCAAACUAACAGAUGCAGUUAAAUAGAUUGAUAGUGUAGGUUUUAUUACUAUUUUAGGUCAAGUACUAGUUGGAAAGUCUUGCAGUACCACACUGCAUUUACAAUCAUGAUCUACAAAAUGCAAUUGAACAGGGGAUGGGAGUUCAUGUUUUGUCCCUGGUUUAGUGUAUCUGCUUGCCUGAGACGGUUUUGGUCGUCACUCUGGAUAUGCACGAUGUAUGGCAGAGCCUUACAAUUUGGUUGAUCUUUUUUUUUAGUAUUUCAGGGGAAAUUUAUUCCCAGUAAUGGCUGUUCCAGUGUCUUCCCAUUAAUUAUUAGCGUAUCAGUGUUACUAUUCCUGACAGCCAAUAUGUCCACACAAUUGUGCAGUAUGUACAACACUACACUUCUCCAUAAUCCCAGUAAAUAUAUACUUAUUAGAAGUGCACUCCUUUUCCUCCCUUGUGCAUUAUUGCCUGAAGGAAAUAAAAUGAAGAAUUGAGACUUUUCUCAACUUUAAUAGGCCUUUAAUAUGGCCUGGUUUUUUGGGGUUUUCUUUCCCUCCAAAUGAUGAGAAGCAUGCAAAACUGUCAAUUGACUAUUUUAAGAUGCAACAUCUGCGUGUUUUUAGUGUUUUUAGUGGAGCAUGUUAUAUCAAUUUAAACUGUACAUAGAAGAGAAACGUUUUUUGUGUUCUAUGUAUGCAUGCUUGUUUGUAUGUAUGUGUGUGGCCAUACAGUGUCCUGGUACUGUUUGCGCACACUGUUCCUAAUGGUUUAUCAUUUUUCCCCCCUGAGAGCUUGUGAGCAGCCAAAAGUCUAAUAUUAGAAGACCAGAAGAUUUAUGGAUGUAAAAGUUAGUAUGAUGUACAUUGCAAAUCUAGUAUGAACUGUAGGUUGUAGAUAUGCAGACAUUGGCUGGCUACUGAGCUACCCCACACACACACCACACAGACACACACACAUGCAAAUAAUUGUGUUUCUAUGAAUAACUGCUUUAUUGUUGCAAUGUUGCUUUUUACUAAUGUAAAUGCUUGUAAUGCUAAAACCUAAUCUAGAAUUAGCCUCUUACUACUGGAAGCGUAUAGAACAAAUGAUCAGGGUCCAAUUUUCCAAAAGCGUUAUAGUGUUUAAAUCAAUUCAUUCAUUCUAGAAAAUGUUUCUUUUUAAACUUGGUACAUUUUAAGAUUAAUGUGAUGUAUUAGACAAUGUUUAGACAGCUGGUCUGGAGAUUUAGUGGUAUAACCUGCCUGUAUCUGAUAUCUUCUUUAGGGUUUAACAGUGUGGGAUCUGAUCUCAGAGACUACAGUUCUUCACUAUUAAACAAAAACGUUGUUAUUGUGUGUAUAUAUAAAAAUAGUCUUACAAUUAGAUGCCGUUUUAAAUCUAGUUACAAAAUUAGAUACCCACUUCACCUGUAUAGUUCCUGUUCUGCUUUCAGUGCACAUGAUAAACACAUUGGAGCUCCAGAUGCAUUCUGUUGCUGCUGCUGUUUAUUGUAACUUUUGAAUGUUAUCGGACGCCACUGCAAAUUGUUAAAUGCCUUAUCGCAGUAAUGCUCAGUUACGGCCUUGGGAACUUCACGCAAUUCACAUUUGAGUGCUCUACCGUUGCUCAAACACGAGAAUCAGCUUAUAAAGACUUUGAUUGGGUUGUAGCCUAUUAGAGUUGGUUGCUUCAUUAAAAUGUGCAGAGCAUGUGGUUCCCCAGACCUGCAGCUGAGAUCCACUGCUGGACUUCAUAUUUUUCCAUUUCAUAAAUUUGCCUUUUUUGCAAUUCCAUUUCUGAAACUGCUGUUUUGUACAGUUGGAUAAUGUUCACAACUACUGCAUCAAUUUAUUCCAUGGUGUAUGCAUAUGUUUCAUUUUGUAUUUUUUCUUUUUUCUUGUUGAGAAUCACACAUUUCUAUAUCACAAUUUAUAUCAUGUGGUUAGGUGCCAAAUAUACAGAACCAGUAUUGUAUAAAUUUAUACUGUACAAUUAUUUGUCGAAAAGAACAUUCGUAAUUGCUGCAGUUUCUUCUUUGUUUAAUUUUUGUUUUUUUUUUGUUUUGUUUUUGUAGAUUUUGUAUGGUAGCCUGUAUUUUGUGGCAAUGUCAUCUUGAGAUAUAGAAAUCUGUUUUAGUUAUGCUAUAAAGCAAAAAUUAAAUUUAGAAAGUAAAGA